AGUGAAGAAAAAAAAUGUGCAAAUCAUAAAUCUACAAAGAAAAGAAAAGACCAAAAUUAGUGCUAUUCAUUUCCCUCCAAAAUCGUAUUUUAUUCUUAAAGAAACCCUUUCAAAUUCUACCCUAUCCAAGAAGCAGUUGAGAGACGUUUCCAGAGUACCACAAAAAAACGCUUUCAAAAUAACUCCCCCUCUCCUCCACUCAAUUACACUACUUCUCCAGGGUUUCAAUUCUCUGUCAGUCUGUUUGUAACCUGCAACUUUAGAUGGAUUCUGCAUUUCAUUACGGCCCGAUCUCUGUCAAACUGUGGCCUCUUAGUCCAAGCACAAGGCUAAUGCUUGUUGAGCGAAUGACCAAGAAUCUUACGACACCAUCUGUCCUAUCUAGAAAAUAUGGUCUGCUGGGCAAAGAAGAAGCUGAAGAAAUUUCCAAGAAGAUUGAAGAAUUGGCUUAUGCUUCUGCUAAACUACACUUUGAGAAGGAGCCCGAUGGUGAUGGAAGUUUAGCUGUACAACGUUAUGCUAAAGAGUCUAGUAAACUUAUGAUUGAAGCAGUCAGAAGAGGGCCACUAAAGGCAAAGGAAGACGGAUCAGUAAUAACUGAGAAAGGUACGACAACUCAUGAUACUGUAUUUGAUAUAUCUGGAGGUUCCCGGGCCUUUAUCAAUGCAGAGGAAGCUGAAAGGUUGCUAGAACCACUGAGUAGGCAAGGAAAUAAGUAUACAAAGAUUUGUUUCAGCAAUCGUAGUUUUGGGUCAGAUUCUGCUCGUGUUGCUCAAGCCUUUUUGUCAGCUCUCAAGGAUCAACUGAAAGAAGUCGAUUUAUCAGAUUUUGUUGCAGGAAGACCAGAGGACGAAGCUAUUGAAGUCAUGAAAAUGUUUUCAUCUGUCCUGGAUGGUUGUGAACUAAGGUAUCUGAACUUAUCUGAUAAUGCAUUGGGAGAAAAGGGUGUAAGGGCAUUUGAGAGCCUCUUGAAGUCGCAGCGUAACUUGGAGGAGCUUUAUCUUAUAAAUAAUGGUAUUUCAGAAGCUGCUGCACAAGCUGUAUGUGAAUUGAUACCUUCCACUGAGAAACUAAAGGUGCUUCAGUUUCAUAACAACAUGACAGGGGAUGAAGGCGCAAUUGCCAUCUCAGAACUUGUGAAACAUUCUCCUGCAUUAGAAAAUUUCCGCUGUUCUUCCACGAGGGUUGCCUCUGAAGGGGGAGUUGCUUUGGCUGAAGCACUUGGAACUUGUAACAAUCUGAAGAAGCUUGAUUUACGUGACAAUAUGUUUGGUAUAGAAUCCGGAGUUGCUUUAAGUAAAGCACUCCCCGGAUGUCCUAAUCUUAGUGAACUUAACCUCAGCUACCUCAAUCUAGCAGAUGAAGGUUGCAUAGCUCUUGCUAAUGCUCUCAGGGAGUCUGCUACUUUACUCAAAGUUCUAGAGAUGUCUGGAAACGAGAUUACUGCCAAAGCAGCUCCCGCUCUGUCAAGCCUAAUAACUUCACAACGUUUGCUACUCAAACUAAACUUGUCUGAAAAUGAAUUGAAGGACGAGGGUGCUAUUCAAAUUGCAAAUGCUCUGGAGCAGGGUUGUGCACACUUAAACGAAGUUGAUCUGAGCACAAACCUAAUUAGAAGGGCCGGUGCCAGAGUUUUGGCUCAGACAGUUAUAGCCAAACCAGGGUUUAAGCUGCUUAACAUUGAUGGCAAUUUCAUUUCUGAUGAAGGUAUUGAUGAGAUCAAGGAUAUGUUUAAAAGCUCUUCCGCUAUGCUGGCUCCAUUGGAUGAUAACGACCCUGAAGGAGAAGAUCAUCAGGACUCUGAGGAAGACGGUGAUGAAAAUGAACUUGAAUCCCAACUCAAGCGCCUUGAAAUCAAACACGGGUAGUUCCAGCACAUUAUCCAUAUCAGCAUUAUCUCCUCUAUGUGCUGUUCUAGAUUCCAGUCUGCAUACUUACAUAAGCUAGUACCAGAUUAUGCAACAUAGCUGUAACAAACUCUUUUACAACUAGAUUAGGACCUAAAGUUUAGCUUUCUAGUUCCCAGGACUUCGAUUUAUUCUUGAAUAUGCUCGUUCAUGAUUUAUUGUAGCCACAUAUUCGAGCUAGCUUAAAUUUCAUUGUUUUUUAUCCCCGCAAAAUUCUCCUUGUUGAUGCUAUCUAGUA